AUGACGUUGCGGAGUGGAAGAGCCCUUGCUGAAAGAAAGAUGAAUCCAAGAAACAAUAGUCCUUCAGAAGAACGCAUUGCAUGUUCAAUGGAUCAGGAAGAAAGAACGCAAGAAAAUACAAGCCAUUCUGAACCCAGCACGUCCAAUGUGGGAAACUUUAGAGCAGAUGCCAACAUACGUGAAGUUUUUGAAGGACAUCUUGAUGAAAAAGAGAAAGUCAGUGAGAAAAAAGUAAUAGCUCUAAUGCAGGAAUGCAACGCGUUAGUGAGCAACAAGCUACAACAGAAGCAGAAGGACCCAGGGAGCUUCACAGUUCCUUGUUCAAUUGGAGGAUUAGACGUAGGUCAUGCGUUGUGCGACCUAGGAGCGAGCAUCAAUCUUAUGCCCCUCUCAGUUUUUAAGAAGUUGGGGAUAGGUGAGGCACAACCUAUUUCUGUCACCCUUCAACUCGUUGACAGAAUAAUCAAGUACCCGGAAGGGAAAAUCGAAGAUGUUUUGGUGAAGGUUGACAAUCUCAUAUUCCCAGCAGACUUCAUUAUUCUAGAUUAUGAAGCAGACAGAGAGGUCCCAAUCAUUCUUGGACGCCCUUUCUUGGUUACUGGGAAGGUGCUAAUUGACGUGCAUAAAGGUGAGUUAACCAUGCGCGUAGAUAAUGAAGAGGUGAAAUUUAAUGUGCUCAACGCAUUAAAAUUCCCGAACAAUGAUGACUGUCAGCUAAACAAUGUUGAUUUGACUGAAGAGACUCGAGUUUAUGAAGUUCUCGUGUUGUAG